AAUGGCUCGACAGUCGCUUAUUGAACGUUGCGUAAAGCAGGCCAAUUCUGUUAUCGCUCCUCUAAAAAUCUUUUGGAUUAUACACAUUUCGAAUAAAAAGUGCAUCCUGAAUCGAAUAGAUUUCGCAAAAAAGUGUACAAUUUGAAUAUUGAAGCAGAAUCAUAUUUGUUUUAUUUCUUAAAAAAAUGGUGGAACUUAAGUUUGAAUUGUAAAAAGGAAUUUUUCUGUUGCAAAACUGUUAAACUGGACAAGCGAAAGAAAACAAACAAAAAUUACUGAUUUAAAAUUUCAUCCUUGAAGUAGUGUCAACGAUAAUAUUUCCUUCUGAAUUGGAUAUUUUUCUUUCAUUUUUAACAUUUUUGUUUACACGUGAUUCUUCACACAUUUUUUCUCAUUGCUUGCGGUUGGUCUCUCAAAGAACUGCUAGUAUUUUAUCGAAAGGAAAAAUAUUUCGUAUGAAUGAAAGUUAUUGUUAAUGAGAAAUAAGAUAAAUAUUUAUUGUGAAUUCCAAAGAAUCCAUUAUUCUGUUGCAGUAAAGUGUCGCAGUGAUUUAUUAGAACAAGAGAUUUUUCCUUUUAAUUUGGUGCGUGUUUGGAGUGAAUUUUUGAACUCAAUAGUUAAAACAACAAAGGAUUCAUUUUUUAAAGAGAUUAAAUUAUUUGGAACAGUGAUAAAAGCGGGAGAAAAUUGAAUAAAAAACUAUUUCACACAAAAAUCAAUUUAACUGGAUUAAUUCAUGUAACACAUUGCACGCAAUAAAUAUUUCCAAUACAUCGGGGUAUACAAUUCAUUUACAAGAAAUAACAUAAUUGAAUAAUUUUCAAUAAGAGACGAGUUUUUGGUCAAAAUUUUGAGUAUCAUCCGUCUGAAGUGAUAAAAUACAACACGGUACUUGACUCAAACAUCUGAAAAUCUCGAGAGCUGAAAGGAUAUCAGUUUGAACGGAUAAUAACAGGAACAAAAGUAUAACCAAAGCAAAAGUUUGUGUGUGGAGAACCACAUCAAUCUCCCGAAACUCCCUCCGAAAACCAAAAUGACGUUAAUAGUCAAGCGACAUAUUGCAUUGAUGCUGGUGAUAAUGUGUGUCGUGUGUACAAUUGAAAGCACACACGAUCGCAAUCAAAGUACCCGAAGACGUGACAGGCCAACAGUCACUACGACAAAUAAUUUGUGCGAAAAAGGCGCUGAUAUGAAAUUGAUGUGCCAUUGCAACCAAGACCAUUAUAAUAAAAAAAUCAACGACGUCGAUUGCUUAUUAUUGCAUGAAGAUAUUGCACAAUCGGAUUCAUCUUGGUAUGCCUUUAACAGUCAUCCCCAUAUAAAGCAUAUUCAGUUGACAGUUACGAAACAUGGCUACUUGGGCUAUCUUCCCAUUGAUGUUUUUCGAAGACAACGCGACUUACAAACGCUAAACAUUCAGUAUGGAAAUAUUCGUGAGAUCCCGUCCAAUGCAUUCAGCAAUUUAACGCGAAUACAUAAUAUUACAUUGAAACACAACCAGAUCGAAGUAUUGAACGCAUUUUCAUUUGCCAACCAUCCGGAACUCAUCGAACUUAAUCUACAAUUAAAUGAAAUUAUCAACAUUAAUCGAUUGGCCUUUGUCAAUUUACCCAAAUUAGAUGAAUUAGUUUUAAGCAACAACAAUAUUUCAACAUUGCCAAACGACGCAUUCGUCAAUAUUACCAAUCUUAAUAAAUUGAGAUUGAAUGAUAAUUUAUUGCUGGUAUUAACACGUGACGUAUUCAAAGGAUUGGGAAAAUUACAACAACUUGACUUGAGCGUAAAUAAUUUAAAAAGUCUGAGUGAUGGCGUAUUUGCGGAAUUAUGGAGUCUACAGGAACUUUAUUUGGAAAAUAACAGUCUUGAACGCAUUUCCGAACGAGCUUUCGAUGGUUUGAAUAAUUUACGCAUUCUCAAUUUGCAAAAUAACAAAAUCACUAUGUUGGAGAAUGGAGUAUUUAGCACGGUACCAGCAGUGACUACAUUGAAUUUGAAUAAUAAUCUGUUAGAAUGGUUAACCUACACAACUAUUCUGCCAAUCAUGGAUAAUUUGGUCAACAAUACAGCCAGCGUUUUGUCGAUUUCGGGUAAGUGUUGUUUUUUGUUUUAA